AUGAAACCCCAGUCACGCUGCCCGAUUCGGAACGCCGCUCGACUCCUUGUUCUCGCCGCCCGAUUCCCCGUCAUGCCUCGCGAUUCUUCUUUCCCGCCGCCCGAUUUCCCUUUCCCGUCGCCCUACUCCCCUUCCCGUCGCCCGAUUCAUGUUCCCGCCGCCCGAUUCAUGUUCCCGCUGCCCGGUUCCCCUUUCCCGCCGCCCGAAUCUCACUCCGCGCCGCCUGAAUCCCCUUUCCCGCCCAUUGAUUCCAGGCGGGCCGCCCGUCCGCCCCUUCCCGCCGUCCGAUUCCCGUUCCCGCCGCCCGCUUCCCCUUUCCCGCCGCCCGAUGCGCCUUCCCGCCGCCCGCUUCCCCUUUCCCGCCGCCCGAUGCGCAUUCCCGCCGCCCAAUCCCCUUUUCCCCGCCGCCUCCCUUUUCCCCUGUCCGUCGCCCGACCCCCCUUCCCUUCCUUCUCUCCCUUUCAUCCCUUCUCUCCCUUCCCUCCCUUCUCUCCCUUCCAUCCCUUCUCUCCCUUCCCUCCCUUCUCUCCCUUCCAUCCCUUCUCUCCCUUCCCUCCCUUCUCUCCCUUCCAUCCCUUCUCUCCCUUCCCUCCCUUCUCUCCCUUCCAUCCCUUCUCUCCCUUCCCUCCCUUCUCUCCCUUCCCUCCCUUCUCUCCCUUCCCUCCCUUCCCUCCUUUCCCUCCAAUCCCUCCCUUCUCUCCAGUCUCUCCCUUCCCUCCCUGUCUCCCUUCCCUCGCUUCCCUCCCUUCCCUCCCUUCUCUCCCUGCUCUCCCAUCUCUCCUUUCCCUCCCUUCUCUCCCAUCCCUCGCUUCCCUUCCUUCCCUCCCUUCUCUCCCUUCCCGCCCUUCUCUCCCCCCUUACCUUCUCUCCCUUUUCUCCCUUCCCUCUCAUCCCUCCAUGCAAUCUCCUGUCUCUCCUUUCUCUCCCUUCUCUCCCGUCCCUCCCGUCCCUCCCUUCCCGCCCUUCUCUCCCUUCAAUACCUUCGCUCCCUUCCCGCCCUUCUCUCCCUUCAAUACCUUCGCUCCCUUCCCGCCCUUCUCCUCCCCCCCACCGUAUCUCCGUUACCUUCCAUUUCAUCCCUACCCUUCCUCGUCUCUCCCUCCCGACAUCUCUCCUGCUUCUCCUUUCACUCCCUUUCAUCCCUUGCCUCCCUUGACUACCUUCCCUCCCUUCUCUCCCUUCGAUAGAAGUCUCUCCGUUCCCUCCUUUUCUCUCCCUUCUCUCCCGUGUCUCCCUUCCUCGCCCUUCACUCCCUUCCCUCCCUUCUCUCCCAUGUCUCCCUUCCUCUCCCUUCACUCCCUUCCCUCCCUUCUCUCCUUGCCCUCCCUUCCCUCCCUUCUCUCCCUGCCUUCCUGUCCCCCAUCCUUCCUUCCUUACGCACUCCUCCAGCCAUUCUCUCCUCUUGCAAUCCUCACUGCAAUCCUUCCCUUCCGCUAA